CUGAUUCCAGUUGCUAUCUUAUAUUAAUUACCACCACUUACACCAAAUAUCAAACCUCAUUGUUUAAUCCCAAUUCAGCAUCUGCUCUUACAACUUCUGCCGGUUCAUAUGGAUGGUGGCAAGGAGAAGUCAAGCAGUAGGAAAAAGAUGAGUGUGGUGGUAGGACCAUGGGGAGGCAAUGGUGGAGCUGCUUGGGAUGAUGGAAUUUAUAAUGGGGUAAGAGAAAUCACUCUUGUUUAUGAUCGUUGCAUCGACUCCAUCAGAGUGGUUUACGAUAAGAACGGUAAGCCUGUAACGGCGGAGAAACACGGCGGUGUAGGAGGAAACAAGACAGCUGAGAUUAAGCUAAAAUUCCCAGAAGAAUUCUUGAUCAGCGUAACUGGUUAUUACUGUCCUGUGGUUUAUGGUGGUAGCCCUGUGAUUCGAUCACUGACGUUUAAGAGUAACCGAAGGACGUUUGGUCCGUAUGGAGUUGAAGAAGGAACACCCUUCGCUUUCUCCGUAGAGGGAGCGCGAGUCGCCGGGUUCAACGGGAGAAGUGGAUGGUAUGUUGAUUCAAUCGGAUUUCGAUUGUGUCGUGUUCAAUCUCCUAAACUCUUUCAGAAGGUGCAGAAAGGAUUUCAAAGGCUUACUAGUAGUGUCUCAAAAGCCUCUGCCUAGCCUAGAGAGGAUUGUCACUCAAAAGGCCCCUUCCAUUAAUACCUGGAGGUGCUAAAGUUCAUCAUCAAAAUUAUAGCAGCAACCACCUUAGAGUUUAAAAUCAAACAAUCUUGAAUGUAUAUAUAUAUAUAUAUAGACAUGUCGGGUUUUGUUGUCUUUCGUAUCUUAUUUGAUGUUAUUAAUGAUUGGAUUAGUGUUUAA